AUGUCGGAACUUCAUGAACAGGUCACCAAGUUCUGGGAAUUAGAGACAUGUCAUGCGAAGAGCACCAACUCCGUGGAAGAUUCCUUGUGCGAGGAGCUUUUUCCGCGAGAAACAACUCGAGAUGAAACUGGCAGAUUUGUAGUGUCACUGCCCAAGAAGGAUUUUGUUCUCAGAAAGCUCGGUGACUCCAGAGCCAAUGCCGAAAAACGCUUUUACGGGUUGGAGAAGCGUUUCGUGAACAAUCCAUCAAUUAAGGAGAUGUACCUGAAGUUCAUUCAAGAAUACCAGGAUAUGGGUCAUAUGAAGCUGGUUCCAGAUUCUGAAGAAGUGCUGCGUUACUACUUACCCCAUCAUCACGUCUUGAAGCCAGAAAGUACGACAACGAAAUUAAGGGUCGUUAUUGAUGCGUCCUGUCCGUCAACGUCAGGAGUUUCCCUCAAUGAUGGCCUCAUGGUUGGGCCAAUAGUUCAGGACGAUUUGAUCACCAUUGUCACCCGAUUUCGUCUACACAAAUUUGCAAUCGUGGCAGACAUUGCAAAAAUGUACCGCAUGAUCAAUCUUGCGGAAUCCGAUCAACGAUACCAGUGUAUUUUGUGGCGAAAUUAUCCGUUGGAACCGCUCAAGACCUACAAGCUAACGACCGUUACUUACGGUACAGCGAGCGUACCGUUUCUGGCUACAAGGUGCCUACAGAAGCUAGCAGAAGAUGGAGAGCAGAGUCAUCCUUUGGCCGCAAAAAUUCUCAAGAAGGAUUUUUACAUGGAUGACGCAUUGAUCGGUAUUGAUACCCCCGAAGAAGGAAAACAGGCAGUGAAGGAGCUUAAUGACCUCUUAUGUUCCGUUGGAUUUGUCCUGCGCAAAUACAAUUCGAAUUGCGAGGAAAUUUUAGCAGAUAUUCAAGAAGAUCUUCUUAGCGAUAGAACUGCGUUGGAGUUGGAUUCUUUCUCUACCAUAAUUACCCUUGGUCUUAUUUGGGAACCCAGCACCGAUUUGUUUCAUUUCCGUGUACCAACCUGGAGCUCUUCAUCCUGUAUUACAAAACGCAUCGUGCUGUCUGACGCCUCCAAGUUGUUCGAUCCUCUCGGCCUUGUCGGACCUGUGAUAGUACAGGCCAAAAUGUUUAUCCAAAGUUUGUGGCAACUGAAAUGUGGCUGGGACGAUCCUCUGACAGACGAAAUGCAGCUGUUUUGGACAGAAUUCCGCAGAAACCUUUCUUCUCUUGACACCCUUUCGAUCCCUAGAUGGGUGGGAUUUUCUUCAAGUAGCGACGUUGAACUGCAUGGUUUUUGCGAUGCUUCCGAGAAGGCGUAUGGCGCAUGCAUUUAUCUGCGAUGCACUCACGAAGAUGGAUCAGUUUCUGUCAAGCUGUUGGUUUCGAAGUCACGCGUAGCUCCUCUCGAAGAUUUGAAAAGAAAGAAACGGAAACAAUCUAUCCCAAGGCAAGAACUUUCGUCAGCACUCCUUCAAGCCAUCUAUACGAAAAAUUCUGCAAAAGUACGGCCAUGA